AUGCAUUCAAAUUUAACAAUUUUCGGAGUAUUUGUAAUUUUUGCCUUUCUAGUCAGCAGUGAGGCCCCUUUUGUAAAAAUGACAAAUGCAGUUUGUGAGUCAUUCAACAAGUCGUGGGUAGUUUUCCAUUAUUGUCGACUGAAGGCCUACUCCCGAAACAAAACCAGCUUGAAUGUAAAUGCCACCUUUCUGCAGCCAGCUAAUAAUAUACUUAUCAAGUUAAAGAUGAUGAAGAAAGCAAAUGGCUAUAAGCCAUUCCUUUUUGACAUUGCCUUCGAUGCCUGUGAAUUUAUGAGAAGGCGAAAUCAGCCAGCAGCGAGGAUUGUCUGGAAUUUGAUCAAGGAUGUGUCCACUGUGAAUCAUACAUGUCCUUAUGUGGGCUUACAAACGGUAAGCGAUUUUCAUGAUAUUCACAUUCCACUUCCAUGGCCUUCUGGAGACUACUUAAUGUUAAUGGAAUGGAUAUUUGAUACUAAGCCGCAAUUCGCGACAAAUGUUUAUUUUACCUUUAAAGAGGAUUUGUAA